UCAGUGACGUACUGAGGAAAAUAGGAAAGGAAGGGUAAAAGAAAGUUGAAGUGAACGCGGCGGUUGUUGAAUUCAAAAAGGGUCUCAGUGAACGACUAAAGUGAACGAGAGCGUUUCAGUCACGUACAGAGUCGUUAAACUACAAAUUCGUUUGAUUUAAUCAGAAAAAGGGAGACACAAGGACACAGAUAGCAUGCCGAUGAUGAUCGUGAGGAGGCUGUUUUUGUUACGUUUACGUUAUACUUUGUUAGCUGCCUGGUUACUUGCCUUAAUGUCGUGAAAUAUAAUUCUAAUAAUUUGCGUUAACUAGCUGUUUAGCCCACGUACAUAUUUGUCUUUUUAGCCGUCGUGACAACGAUAGGUGUCACAUUGUAAUUGUGUUUAAAACUGUAGCUCUUGAGUCCCAACCUAGUUCGCUAGAUUAGAUUUACAUGCAGGCCAAAGAAUAAAAUUACAAGCGAUACAAGUUUAAUAUGUUUUUUUCCCCAUACAUUAUCUAUCUAUCUAUCUAUCUAUCUAUCUAUCUAUCUAUCUAUCUAUCUAUCUAUCUAUCAAGUGCAACAGUAUGUAUGUCAAAAAUAAAUCAGUCAGAACAGCUUACUCAUAAAUAAGUCAGGCAUGUUUAGAACAAUAAUCGAUAGAUGACAUUAAAAAGGAUCACAGUGCAACCUCAAAAUACAAAUGAACCCAUUUUAAAUCUUGGCCACAGUCCUUCAAACCACUAGUUUUUAUCCAUUAGUCAGCAAUACGCUUUUAACUAUUCAAAAUACAGUAAUAGAACAAAUGUUGUAUGAUGAGUAUUCAUACCAAUAAUUACAGGUCAGAAUAUGCUGGUUGUUUUAUUACAGGCCGUAUCUGUCAUGAUGCAGUGUUUUUUUCAUCUAUGUUUUAAGCUAACAUUUCCACAAAAGUUAUUUGAAGCAUUAAAGUAAUAAUUAAAGACAUCACGCAUACAUAUAUUAUGUAAACAAUUUUUUUUAUUUGGUAUGAAGUUAUUUUUAUUUUUAUUGUAAUCGUUUGAAAGCACAUAUAUAAAACAUGUAUAUAUGUAUUGAAGAGAAUGCAUUUUGGACUGACACUUUGUAUACAUAUAUAAGAUAUUUCAGAUUUAAAGUUAUAGACAUUUUCUCCUGAAUGUAACUGAUAUAGUUCUUGUCUAUUAAGCACAUUACAAUCAAGCAGAAAGGACAAGAGCCUCGACCGCGACGCUGCCAUGCAGACGCUACUUUAUUCACAUGCCCUUUCUGCACAACUGACGUAUGCAAACCAAGACAGUACCAUCAAAUAAUGACCCAUAUAGCUGGGCAUAAACUGAGAGCGGUUGAAUACGCAGGUCAUAUACAGCUGUAACAUUGGCUGUGAUAAAAAGGCCAGACAUUUUCACUGCUGCCAGUGCCCCAAAAUUUACAUGAAUAAAGACGCCAUAAAAAAGCAUCUUUGCAGCGCUCAUCCAAUAGCUACCCGCGCUCCAGAACCACAACCUGUAAGUCACACGCUACGAGAACCUCCUUCACAGCGAGCAGAAUCUCAUCCACCUCCAGAAACUCCUUCACAGCAACAAGCAGCACCUCCAACAGCUGAGAGAGAGCGGGUCUCUUCGGUUCAGUGUCACACUAGGCACAUUACAAUCAAGCAGAAAGGACAAGAGCCUCGACCGCGACGCUGCCAUGCAGACGCUACUUUAUUCACAUGCCCUUUCUGCACAACUGACGUAUGCAAACCAAGACAGUACCAUCAAAUAAUGACCCAUAUAGCUGGGCAUAAACUGAGAGCGGUUGAAUACGCAGAUUUUGUCAUAUACAGCUGUAACAUUUGCUGUGGAAAAAAGGCCAGACAUUUUCACUGCUGCCAGUGCCCCAAGACUUUCAUCAAUAAAGGUGCCAUAAAAAAGCAUCUUUGCAGCGCUCAUCCAAUAGCUACCUGCGCUCCAGAACCACAACCUGUAAGUCACCCGCUACGAGAACCUCCUUCACGGCAGCAACCAGCGUCUCAAAAACAAGACCUCGAUUUGCAGCAAGCGGAACCAGAUCCACAAGAAUUAGCAGCUUCUUCAGCGAUUGAGAAUAAGGACAUCUCUGUUCAGGUUCCACGUGGGCACAUCACAGUUAAGCAGAAAGGGCAAACGCCUCAACCACAACUCUGCCAUGCAGACGCUACUUUAUACACAUGCCCUUUCUGCACAACUGAUGUAUGUAAGCCAAGACAGUACCAUCAAAUCAUGACCCAUAUAGCUGGGCAUAAACUGAGAGCCGUUGAAUAUGGAGAUUAUGUUAUAUACAGCUGUAACAUUGGCUGUGGUAAAAAGGCCAGACAUUUUCACUGCUGCAAGUGUCCCAAAACGUACUUUCAUAAACGCGACCUAAAAAGGCAUCUCUGCGCCGCUCAUCCCAUAACUCCUCCAGAAACACCUUCCGUACAGCAACCAGCACCCGGUCCGCUGGAAUUACCAGCUCCUCCAGUGACGGUGAAAAGCAGGAAAAUCUCAGUGCAGUGUCGUCACUGCGGGCUCAGUCUUAAUUCCAAAAAUUUAAAGAAACACAUUGAGAGAAGGCACCGCGAAGGCGCGCACCCCGUCACUUCAGUUCUACCAGCGCAGUGUGUCGAUAAAAAGAAUGGAAUAUUUGUUGUUUUGGAAUCAUUUUCUGAGCCCUGCGCCCCCAUCCAUGUGGUCAAAAGAUUCUGGGGUUCAUCCCACAAGGUUAAGUGUGAAAUGGAUAAUUGCAACAGUCGUGUUGACGUGGCACAAAGAAGUGGAUUAUUGGUUACGCAGUGUAUGCAUUUAACCUCAGUAGACUGCACCGGUGCCGUCGCACCGAGCCAGGAUUUAUCAGAGCGUUUGUUGACUGAGAUGGUGGAGCGAAAAUGGAUCGGACGGAUAAGGAAAAACCAAUGCCUUAAGCUGCAAAAUCAAGCUAAGCUCAAAGGUGCCACAUUUACUAGCCUUGUUACCAUUGGAGGCCCUGAUUACAUGCAUUAUAUAUCAAUAUAUGAGCCAAAGUUGUCAAGUUACAGUAAAUUGGGCAGAGUCUUGGUGGAUUACGACGCCAAGACAAACACUUGGAACUGCCCUUGUGGCAAAGGGGGAAAACCAUGCCUGCACAAGAGUAUCGGAAAGUGGUGUCUCUAUCAAAUGAAGAAGCAGCUCUUCAAAAACCUGCUUGAAUCGGAGGAAGGAACCGAAUCGGUGCAAAAUGAGAAUCUGUCUAGCCAACAAUUGCUGUCCAGCGACUGGUUGGGAUAACGUACUGCCACUUUAAAUCUGUGGUUCCACCGAUCAGUUAACAAAGACAGCGUGAAUGUAAAAGGAAGAACAUUAUUAAAUUAUUGGCGAUUAUUAACGUUCCA